CCCCCGUGAGGGUAUCGAGAGCUGCCGUAUGUUGGCCGUCUGGUUGCCCUGUCGGCGCUGUGCUCCCUCUUCCCACUACCAGCUCAUCGUGCCCCUCUCUCACCCCUCAUCACCAUCAUCAAUCGCCAGGCACCCCCACUACACAUGUAUGUCAUUCAACACUGUCAGACAAGACCUCGCAGCAUCAGCAUCAGCAUCAACACCUCCAGACAGCACCACUCUUCGAUUCGUCUCGAGUCUCUCUCUCUCUCUCUCAGUCUCUUCUUCUCUUCUCUUCUCUUCUCAUCCCAUCCCAUCUUCUCCCGUCUCCCCCGCCUCGCCCCGUUCUGACGCUGUCCCGCCUGGCUGCUGCUUGUGCCCACCACCAACCUCCAUACGGACAGCAACCCCCACCGACAAAACACCUCCCGCGCUUAUGCUGUCGCCGGCAUGCAGGACUCCCUUGUGACGCCUUUUGGCUACUCCAGUGAGAGCUGCGGCUACUGCAAAGAUGCUUCCACUGGCCGUCGUUCCCCCAAAUCCAGGGCUAGCUACUAUUUCUCUUCGCAAUCCUUGACCGUCCACGUCUAUCAGGGUUUGGUAGAUCGCGGUUGGAGGCGAUCCGGCACUGUCUUCUACAAGCCUGAUGUGCUACGCCAUUGCUGUCCACACUAUACUAUCCGCUUACCAGUAGCAUCCUUCACUCCCAGCAAGCAUCACCGUCAGGCAAUUAACCGGUGGAACAAAUUUGUUCUGGGAGAAGACUAUAUCAAGAAAGCUGCCAUCUUGCAUCCAAAGUCCAAAGAGGAGAAGGCGAAGGAACGCAAUACCUUUGACAUUGCUGGUGCCAUUCAUGGCUGCGAAUACCCAACCUUGAAACGCCCACCAGAACCCGCGCAUCGUUUUGAAGUCACUCUUGAACCAGACAAUUACACCAAGGAGAAAUAUGACCUCUUCCAUAACUACCAGCAGCAUGUGCACCACGAGAAGCCCUCGCAGAUAUCCGAGUCUGGCUUUAAACGAUUCCUAUGUGGCUCUCCAUUGAAACGCACUACUGCUCAAGUGAAUGGCAGAGAGCAAAAGCUCGGCUCAUACCACCAAUGCUAUAGAUUGGAUGGUCGGCUGAUUGCCAUGGGUGUCCUUGAUCUCCUGCCACACUGCGUCAGUGGUGUUUACUUCCUAUAUCAUUCAGAUUACGAAAUGUACAAUUUCGGUAAGAUGAGCGCUGUAAGAGAGGCGACCUUCACUCUGGAAGGAGGCUACCAGUACUAUUACAUGGGCUACUAUAUUCACUCUUGCCCAAAGAUGAGGUACAAGGGCGAGUAUAGGCCUCAGCAUAUUCUCGAUCCCGAAUCGUUCGAGUGGAAUCCCCUAGAAGGUGAGCUCAGGUCUUUGCUCGACAGGAAACGCUACGUUUCGCUGUCGCGAGAACGUCGACGAAAAGUGAUGAAUACAUUGAAACCGGAUAUCGAUGGGGAAGACUCUGCGGAACAUAUCCCAGAAGAUGACGAUUACUCCGACUAUCCUCUACAAACAGCUGCUGCUGCUGGCGAUGCUGUGGCGAGUGGCGAGUCACUUUUUGAUCUCAAGAUGCCUGGUGUUAUGACAGCUGAGGAGGUCAGCGAAGAGUAUCCGCUGGAUCAACAACGCAUCACAGCCAGGGGUCAGAUGUUUGAGGCCGAGGACUUGAUGGCAUGGGAAAGUGGCGAUGUCAAAGAUCCAAAGUCAUUGAAGGGUAUCAUUGCCGAAUUGGUUGCAUGCCUCGGGCCAGACGUAGCAAAAGAUGUCGUGGUUGCUUUCCACUGACAUGACGCCGAGCUAGAGCUGGAUAGAUCAACAGUUGAAUCUGCAUCUGCCAGUACAGAUUUUUUAUCACCUUAGUUUAUCAGCCUUUUGAGUGUAGGAAACACUUCAACUUCCAAUUGAACAAAAACGUCAGUACCGUCCUCACUUUACUGCCGUGCAGUCCAUUCAUUCUGCAUUCGCAGCGGAGUUGUCCUGGAGUCGUCUUCUUGAUAGAUCGAUGAAUCGGAGACGCGAUCGUGCAUACUGGAAGUUGAUUCAACUAGGUGUUCGUCGACAUGAGAGGGGUUUCCAUUCAUGCAAUAAGCAUAAAGACGAAUUAGUGAAUGAGGGCCUCAC